UGCAAAAAUCAAUAGAUAAUAUUAUCCUACACCCAACCAAUACUACCUUGAAAGCUGCUGCUCAUAAGUCACAAACAAAUUUGUGGCUUAGCACUCAAAUACUGCCUUUCUGCGACUCGUUCAAAAAAACUCCAUAUCCUUCCCGCUCCUUCUCCCCGCUCCUCUUCCCUUGACGCUCCUCCCCCUAUAGCUCCCUCGUCUAUCGCCACCCUCUCACUCCAUCUACAUCCACUUAUGGCCGGCUGCCUGAUCGGAGAAGAUGUUGAAAUGAAGCUUCCUCUGAUGCUGUAAGCUUAUUUGCGCUUUAGCUCCGUUUCUCUUUUGCAUAUGCUUCAGAUUUUAUUAUGCGAUAAUGCAAGUGAAACUGCGCUUUCAGUAGGACUUAUCAAGGCUAAAAAAAAGGAAUUGAUGUUUCGUUAAAAUUUAGCAAGGGAUGUUGCUUCGGUUUUGUUCAAUAGCAAAAAAAUAGGCGUAACAUGGUUUUGUAUCAACAUGCACAUAUCUGAGCUCAGUUUCUUUUCAUAUAGGUUGUUGAAGUUAUAGCCGUGCAUUUCCUUGUCCAUACACAACAAAUUUGUUGAAUAUGAUGAAAGAAAUUAAGGGUGCUGUCAGAAUCACGCGAUCCCAGUAUAAGUCUUCCAGUAGAAUAGGAGAUAUUUCACCCUCAUUACAACUUUCACUCACAGAAUUGCGCAAACGUGGUCAUACAGAAAACUCUGAACUAGCACAGCUAGAUGGAAGUAAUGCUUCUUCUAAUAUUACUGUUGGUGUUCGGCGCAAAAGAAGAGCAGUGCUCAAGGAUGUUACUAACAUGUCCUGUGAGAGUAAUAAUCUGGGGUACUUGCACGCUUCUAAAGUUCAGGUUCAAGAGGUUUCACAGACCGAAUCACUUGAAGAUUCAUCCAUUAAAGGGAUGGCAGAAUCACAACGUAGCUUUCCAGUGAUGAAGUCAAACAAAAAAGAGACGAAGCAGGAGAAUAAGUUUCAGAGUGUCAUAGGAUGCAGAAAUUGUGCGUCUCCCCUGCCCUCAGGAUCAAAUGAACACCAAAUGAAAGAUGAGGCUGCUGUUUGUGAGAAAUUAAACCAUCUCGGUACUUUGGAUGCUGUCUCAAACUCAGAGGAUCCUCAAGCAUGCACCCCAUAUGCGCAUAAUAUAUAUGAUACUAAUCGUGUAAUAGAGCUUGAUCAAAGGCCUUCUACUAAUUAUAUGGAAAAGUUACAGAAAUAUAUCAGUCCAAUCAUGCGAGGCAUUCUAAUCGAUUGGCUUGUGGAGGUUUCUGAUGAAUAUAAAUUGAUCUCUGACACGCUUUACCUCACUGUAAAUCUCAUCGAUCGGUUUCUCUCUCAAAGCUGCAUUGAGAGGCAUAAAUUACAACUUCUUGGCGUUACUUGCAUGUUAAUUGCCUCUAAAUAUGAAGAAGUCUGUGCACCAUUUGUGGAAGAGUUUUGCUUCAUCACAGACAACACCUAUGCGAGAGAAGAGGUACUAAAAAUGGAGGGUGAAGUUCUGAACGUGCUUAAUUUUCAGCUGUCGGUACCCACUACAAAAACAUUUCUCAGGAGAUUUGUGCAGGUAGCACGGGCUUCUUGCAAGGAAUCUUGUGUGGAGCUGGAACAUUUAACAAAUUAUCUAGCAGAGUUGACUCUUGGAGAGUACAGCUUCCUCAGGUUUCUGCCUUCAGCAGUAGCUGCAUCAGUUGUGUUCUUAGCUAGAUGGAUUCUGCACCAACCAAAUCAACCAUGGAACUCGGCACUGGAGCAUUAUACCAAUUACAAUGCCUCUCAGCUAAAAAUUCCUGUACUUGCCUUGGAAGAUCUAAGGUUGAACUCCACAAGUUGCGGUUUAAACGCCGUAUUUCAAAAAUAUAGACAACAAAAGUUCGGAAGUGUGGCAACUUUAGCCUCCACAAAAUCAGUUCUCUCAGCCUUCCCAACCCAGACAGAUAACCUGAAUUCCAGGGACAUUUGAGACAUUUCCUAACCAACCACACCCUAAAUACCGCAACCCUCCACUUCUCACAAUUUAGUGGUUAAGAAAAAAACCCUAAUAAUAAUAAUUAAAUAAUUAAACAAUUGUGUCUAUGUGUUUUCUUUUUUCUUUUUUCUUUUCGGAAAAUGGGUAAUUUAAAUUUAAAAAUUUUAAAAUUUAAAAACAAGGGAACAGGGUAUCUAUCUUCCUACGAGUCCUAAAGUCCAAGUGUUUGGUUAACAUCAUAUUUUUGGAGGAAAGUGAGUAAAACAAACAGAGUGAUGGACAAGCAAACAUCAUAUGAUUAUUAAAAGACAAUUGAUGUCCCCACUUGUAUGACCACAUAAACAAAAUUUAAAAAGAAAACAUCAUAUUUACUCACUUGCAUGAAUGCCUACCUACUACUUAUACAUUUGACUUUCCUCUUUUUUCUUUUGCCGUGAAUUCCACUAAAUCAUCAACUAUCACCUUGAAUUCCUUUUUCUUUUUUAUUUUCUUUUGUUUUUUCCCCCUUCACCAAUUCCCGGCUUUCCUUCCUUUCUUUUUCCAUUUUUACCCUACACCUUCUUCUCAAUUUUCCAUCUUAAUUUUUUAGUUUGUUGUAAUUUUAACUCAAAAUUCUCCCUUCAAUGGAGACGUUUAGAGAGUUUGAAUGUAAUCAAGAUUAUGGUAAUCAUGCAAGUGUGUAUCAAAACGAGGGUACAAAAAUAAAUAGUAUCGAAAAAAGUGAAAAUGAAAAUAGAGUUUAAUUAAAAACAAUUGAAAUGUAUCGUAAGUUGGGUUCAAAACGCUCAAACAAAACAAUACAUUUCAAUCUCAUUAUGUCUGUA